GACGAGCGCUGCCAUUCUCCACUCCGCAGCUCCGCUCUCAAACCCCCCCGCUCUCCCUCGUCCCUCCCACCACGCUCUCCCUCCUCCUACCUUGCUCGCUCCUCUCCUCUUCGUCGUCCUCCAGACGAAUCCGCGUGUCGUCCACUUCCACCCGUGCUUCGUGCGCUUCUGAUCCGCUGAUUCGUUGUGCGGGGAGUUUUGCUCGGGCUGGAUGGAACUGGAUCGUCUAUUGGUUAGUAGCCUUGGAGUUGUUUGAGUUGACCGGGAGCGAGGGAGAAGGGAGGAGCUUGCUGUGUUCGUUGGCCGGGCGGAUCGGUGGCGAUGCCGGACUCCGACAAAGAGUCCGGCUGGCCGAGCAACGCGGAGUUCUCGUCGCCGCGGGAGCAGGACCGGUUCCUGCCGAUCGCGAACGUCAGCCGGAUCAUGAAGAUGGCGCUCCCGGCGAACGCCAAGAUCUCCAAGGACGCCAAGGAGACGGUGCAGGAGUGCGUCUCCGAGUUCAUCUCCUUCAUCACCGGCGAGGCCUCCGACAAGUGCCAGCGCGAGAAGCGCAAGACCAUCAACGGCGACGACCUCCUCUGGGCCAUGACCACGCUCGGCUUCGAGGACUACAUCGAGCCGCUCAAGCUCUACCUCCACAAGUUCCGCGAGCUCGAGGGCGAGAAGGUGGCCUCCGGCGCCGCGGGCUCCUCCGGCUCCGGCUCGCAGCCGCAGAGGGAGACGACGCCGUCCGCGCACAAUGGCGCCGGCGGGGCCGUCGGCUACGGCAUGUACGGCGCCGGCGCCGGGGCAGGCGGAGGCAGCGGCAUGAUCAUGAUGAUGGGGCAGCCGAUGUACAACUCCCCACCGGGCGCGUCAGGGUACCCGCAGCCCCCGCACCACCAGAUGGUGAUGGCCGCGAAAGGUGGCGCCUACGGCCACGGCGGCGGCUCGUCGCCGUCGCCGCCGCCGCCGGGGCUCGGCAGGCAGGACAGGCUUUGAGGCAUGACCCUCCUGUCGCUGCAUGGAUGAAGAUCGAGGCCGGCCGGCCGGCUUCUUGGUUGGUGUCGGCACGCUGGUUAAGUUAACCAUCGUUUUUCUUUUUGUGGUUUAUAAUGUUGUGCUAAAUGGAGCCAGUGAUAUGGUUAAUACUAGUAGUCGCUUAACCUCUUGGUAAUCCCAUGGCUUGUGCCGUGCUCCUGCUGAUGAACUGAGCUAUGGCGAGCAGCUUGCUUAUAGCCUUAAGCCUUGUACUACUGCUACAAAAAUGGUGCCACUGACAAUUCGGUAUGGUAAAUGUACUAGCAUGCUAUGACUCUGGUAACAACUGACAGUGACAUUUUUUUUU